UCUCAGCCUCCAGCUGAAAGGCAUCGUAGCUACAAAAAAAGAGAAAAAGAAAAUAUACUGUUAUCCACACACCAUAAAAUGAUAAAUACAAUCUCGAUAUCGGAAACGGCACUACUCCAUUACAGCCGUCCAUUUCCCUCCAUCGCCGACGGCAAUGCGCUUUGCCGGUACCACAACUCCCUCCCUGUAUUCCGGCGACGCAAUGAGCUUCGAAUCUCAUGCUCGAACUUCAAUAACCCAAACAAGUUCAAGAGGCCAUACACAAGUGUGAUGAUAGUCCCAACAGGCGUUGGAGCUUCCAUUGGCGGCUUCGCUGGCGACGCUUUGCCCGUGGCUCGAACCCUCGCCUCUGUCGUUGAUUGCCUUAUCUCACAUCCUAAUGUUCUUAAUGCAGCGAUGCUUUACUGGCCAAUGCCAAAUGUACUAUAUGUUGAGGGUCAUGCUCUUGAUCGGUUUGCAGAAGGUGUAUGGGCACUACAGCCAGUUCACCAAAAUCGGGUGGGAUUGGUUCUUGAUGCUGGAAUUGAGGAAGAGCUUCGUAUUCGACAGCUGCAAGUGGUUGAUGCUACAAGAGCUUCCCUUGGAUUGCCCAUUGUUCAGUACAUUGUCACUGACACCCAUUUACAGGUAGAGAAAUGGGUUGAUCCGAAGAGUGGGCAAUCAACCGGAAGAAUAAAACAUCCUGAUUCACUUUUGAGAGCUGUGCAGAUAUUAGUUGACAGAUUUUCGGUAAAUGCCAUUGCAGUUGUGGCACGCUUCCCAGAUGAUGACAUUGAAGAUAUGGAUGAUUAUAGGCAAGGGAUGGGAAUAGAUCUUUUGGCAGGAGUGGAGGCAGUUAUCAGCCAUCUGGUGGUGAAGGAAUUCAGGAUCCCCUGUGCACAUGCUCCUGCACUAUCCCCACCUCCUUUAAGCAUGUCAUUAUGUCCAAAGUCAGCUGCCGAAGAGAUUGGGUACACAUUUUUGCCAUGUGUGGUUGCUGGGCUAAGUAAUGCACCACAGUACUUAGUCAAGAACUCUGAAUCCUUGGAAAAGGGUUGUAUAUUGGCGAGUGAUGUUGAUAGUGUCAUUCUUCCUAUAGAUGCUUGUGGAGGAGAUGGUGCUUAUGCAUUCACGAAUAGCAAAGGAAACAAGCCCCUUGUAAUUACUGUGGAGGAGAAUGAAACAGUUCUCUGUGAUACACCAGAGAAACUCGGGAUAGAAACGCUCAAGGUCUCAAACUAUUGGGAAGCCAUAGGUGUGAUUUCAGCUCAUAAAGCAGGAAUAGACCCAAAUUCUCUCAGACGAAACAGAAUUAAAAACAUUUCACACACUUCAUCUAUUCCUUUCAAUGGUUUUGCAGCUGCAAGUGCCAGUCAUUUGCUUGAUCAUAGAGAGUGAUGGAUGAGUGUACCGCUAAAUGGACAAGGGCGAACGGUUUUUUGAUGUCAUAUCACGGACGUCUAAUUAUUCAACGUUGGAACUGAUGUAGCCAUUUCAAAACAAGCACGGAUGGGGUUUGAUUGCCGCUGCCAAUAUUGAACUUCUUGGUGAAGGUAGUUGAAUCUUUCAAUUCUGCCUGUCGUACAGUCUUACAACUUUGAUGGAAUAUAGAACCACCAGUCAAAUGUUGAGAUGUCCUUUACGUUGUUUCAGAAUGUUUGUUUUCAUAAAGCCAUAAUCAUUAACUUGUUUUCAUCAGGACAAUAGAAUGAUGUUGGUGAAGCAGUGUUUACAUCUGUUUGCUGGAAAUCGGAGAAACUUUGCUUGAUGGUGAUAUUUCAUUGAAUGAAGGUGAUAUAUAAAUUUUCCGUUAUAUAUAUAUUUAUAUUUAUAUGGAGUAUUUAUGCAGUUCCUGUGUUUGCAUCAUAAGUUUACGUACCAGGAAAAAUACAGACGUGUACAUUUUGACUUGGAUAUUUUAGCAAUCAACUACCACUGUAGCAGCCAAACUGCCUACAGAACUGGUGUUACAAAUGUUAAUGAUUGUUAUACAAGUGUUUAAUAUUGUGGUGUUCUUGUAUAUUCAACAACCUCAGAAAAUAAAAUUAAACUCAAUGAAAUUUUUCAUUGAUUGAAGCCUAGAAA